AUGUGUGAAGGACCUUCAUCAAUAUGUGGGCCAAUCCCUCCAGAUCCUUCUCUGUUCCCUCAGUACUACAAACGACCCGCUUCAGCUCGUGGCCGUUUAGAGGGAAACCAUGAUGGGACUUUGGCCCUGCUCUCAGGGCCAGUCGCUCCAGAUCCUGUGUUGUACCCUGGCUGCUACAGUGCUCGCACCCCAACACAUCAUCCCCGCAUUGGCCCGAAUGCCACCCAUAUUCUGGAACGAGGACAGAGGGGAGUAGUGGGGGAACUACUCAAACUAGAUGGUGUCUCUGUCACUCCUGUUCCCAAGCAGAAACAGCGGGUAUAUGACUUUGGUAAAGAGAAUGUGCGCCGGCUCAGGGAGAUCCAGAGACGCUGCAAAGAGCAGGAGGCUGAGAGAGCACUGUCUCGUCCAGUUCCAGUCAAAGCUCUAUGGACCUCCACCAAAUACCAGAAUGUCCCAUCUAGGGUGAUGGUCCAGCUACAAGUUAGAAGUCCAACUGCUAAACCACAGUGUCAAAACUUUCUAAAGGCUCACUCCAGCGAUGCAUCUGCCCCACCAAGACCACACUCUAAAACCUCCCCUCUAGCUUUGCAACACCUGGAAUCCUGCAACUCUACACAGGACCAGGACUUGCAAUUACAGGUGAAAGGCCAGUCCAUAGACUUCAUAAAACAUAAUGCCCAGGCUGCAAGAAAAACUGUACUGCGUCGGUCCCGGUCACUGACAAACCUCAGAGAUAAGCCUGUCCCCAGUGCAGUCAAGGGAAAGGUGCCCCAGUAUCUUGAGGAAAGGAAGAAGCAGUGGCAUAAAGAGGAGGAGGAGAGGAGGAGGAACGCCCCUGAUCCAGCAGCCCCAGCUGGUCACACCUUGAUGCCUGAGAAUAAGAGACAGGAGACACUGAAGUCCCUCAAAGAGACUCAUCGCUCCCUGGUGAGUGAGCUGCUGUUGCUGCCUCUCAAAGCUGACAGUCUGAGUGUUCGCUCACGUCGGGCUCAUCUUGAUUGUAGGCUUUCUGAAAUCGAGGAGGCCAUUAAAAUAUUCUCCAGGGACAAAGUUUAUAUGAAAAUAGAUUCCUAACACCUGAAGAGGAUGAGGAGGAGAGAGAGAAGGAAGAGGAGGAGACAGUCCUGUAAAUCCACUGCUUUAUUGAGAUUCACUUUCAUGUGU